AAUAUAAAGAAGAAAACUAAAGCUCUUAUUUCAUAAGUAUAUUCGUCGAAACUCAUCUAAAAAUGGUGCCACUUGGGCCAUCACCAGGACAUCAAACGUCUGUCAAUAAUACUGCAACUGCUUCAGCCACUGGCACCAAAAGCAGUUCAACAUUGAAACCAAAUUAUACUUUGAAGUAUACUUUGGCUGGCCAUACCAAAGCAGUCUCUUCUGUAAAAUUUAGUCCUAAUGGGGAAUGGCUUGCAAGUUCUUCUGCAGAUAAAUUAAUUAAAAUAUGGGGAUCCUAUGAUGGGAAAUUUGAAAAAACUAUAUCUGGCCAUAAACUUGGUAUUUCAGAUGUUGCAUGGUCUAGUGAUAGUAGAUUAUUAGUAUCUGCUUCUGAUGAUAAAACUUUGAAAAUAUGGGAAUUAAGUUCUGGGAAGUGUUUAAAAACAUUAAAAGGACAUAGUAACUAUGUAUUCUGUUGCAAUUUUAAUCCACAAUCAAAUCUAAUAGUUUCUGGUUCUUUUGAUGAAAGUGUCAGAAUAUGGGAUGUUAGAACUGGAAAGUGUUUGAAAACAUUACCUGCUCACUCAGAUCCUGUAAGUGCAGUUCACUUUAACAGGGAUGGAUCGUUAAUUGUGUCUAGUAGUUAUGAUGGAUUAUGUCGAAUUUGGGAUACAGCAUCUGGUCAGUGCUUGAAGACUUUAAUUGAUGAUGAUAAUCCUCCUGUCUCUUUUGUUAAGUUUUCACCAAAUGGAAAGUAUAUUUUAGCAGCAACAUUAGACAAUACGUUAAAACUUUGGGAUUAUAGUAAAGGAAAAUGUUUGAAAACAUACACAGGUCAUAAAAAUGAAAAAUAUUGCAUUUUUGCUAAUUUCUCAGUUACAGGAGGAAAGUGGAUUGUCUCAGGUUCAGAGGAUAAUAUGGUAUAUAUUUGGAAUUUACAAACUAAGGAGAUUGUUCAAAAAUUGCAAGGUCACACAGAUGUUGUACUUUGUACAACGUGUCAUCCGACUGAUAAUAUUAUAGCGUCGGCUGCACUUGAAAACGAUAAAACUAUCAAAUUGUGGAAAAGUGAUACAUAA